AGUGCGAGUUCACGUUCAAACUUGCACCCCCCCAAAACCGCGUCAUUUUUCUCUUCUGACAUUAAAAUGGUCAUUUCUGUUGCAGUUUGGAGUAUCGCCGUUCGUCCUGGCGAGCGUGAGUCCGUUAUCCCCCAGGGAGACCUUAGAAUAACGAACGUCGCGCUCGGUGAUGAAUUAUUGGACAAAUCCGGACGUACAACUGUCAAGUUCACCUAUCUUCGGCCUGUCAAUGUCGAGGAUUCCGACGAGGACGACGAAGAGACGGAGAUUGAGGGUGCUGAGGCUACAACUGUCUUAUGCUCUCUGAUUCCUGGCACAAUUGAACAAGCCACCGUUGACGUCACCCUCGAAGCGGACGAAGAGUUUUUGUUCGAAGUUGUUGGGAAAAACACUGUCUAUCUCACAGGAAAUUACAUUGAUCAAUCCCCUGAUAAUGUCCCGUUUAAUGAUGAUUCUGAGAUGGAAGAUGAAGACGAGUUCGACCUUCGCGAUGUCAGCUCGGACGUAGAGUUGAAUCCCGACGAAUUGGACAUUCCCAGCGAUGACGACGCCGAUCGGUUUGAAGAAGUACACGAUGAUGCAGACGCACCGAAAUCACUGAAGCGUCCUCGUGCUUCAGACGUGAUCGAGGCUGACGAGCCAGCUGAAGGCAAAUUAUCGAAGGCUCAACAGAAGAAAGCGAACAAGAAGCUAAAGGCGGAGUCGGGUGCUGCCGUUCCCUCUGGGUCGAACACAAAAGCUGAGGCCAAAGCGAGUGAAGAUGCCAAGAAAGACAAAAAAGAAAAGGAGAAAAAGGAGAAGAAGGAGAAGAAGGAGAAGGUUGACGGUAAAGGCGUUGAGAAAGAUGUCGAGAAAGCAGCAAGUGAGGGCGCCAGUGCCAUGAAAGAGCUCCCGGGCGGCUUGAAAGUAAAGGAUGUGAAGACUGGCACAGGCCCACAGGCGAAGAAAGGACAGACAGUUCACAUGCGGUACAUUGGUAAAUUGCAGAAUGGGAAGACUUUUGACUCAAAUACAAAGGGCAAACCGUUCUCUUUCCAAUUGGGACAAGGUCAAGUCAUCAAGGGCUGGGACAUGGGUAUUCAGGGCAUGCAGGUUGGCGGUGAGCGCCUACUGAUCAUUCCACCUAACCUUGGCUAUGGCAAAACCAAGAAUGGGCCCAUUCCCGCGAAUUCUACCCUGACGUUUGAAUGCAAGCUCGUUGACCUGAAAUAGAUUCGCAUAAAAGCAAUCACCAUGCUCUCUUUUUGACCUGCGUUGGCCGCGCAUUGUAUCGCAUCGAUGUCUAUGACUCUUAUCAUGCGUGUCAUCGGUUCCUCGGUGAUGCAUGUAAAAUGUAUAUAUAUGUGACGUCAAAAGUAGAUGAACAUAAUGCAUAUCCAUAUGCUUAAGUUCUCAAUUGAGCAACUC